AAUUCCGUUCCAAUUUAAGACACUCUUCUCAAUUUCACGCACUUCGCUCUAAAUUUUCUCCUUCUUCACUUUAGCACUCGUCUUUUUGUUCUUUUCCAUUUUUCCGUUUUUUAGAGUUUUCACUCAAAAUUAACGAUGGAUUUCGAUGAAGAUCAAUCGCCUCCCUCAUUUGACCGAAUGAAAAAUGUGGUCCCGGAAGCCAAAGGAUUCAACCCAGGAUUGAUUGUGUUACUUGUUGUUGGUGGGAUAGUGCUGGCAUUCCUUGUCGGCAAUUAUGCACUAUACAUGUAUGCCCAAAAAACUCUUCCGCCCAAGAAGAAGAAACCCGUUUCAAAGAAGAAGAUGAAGAGGGAAAAAUUGAAGCAAGGCGUAUCGGCACCAGGAGAGUAGAAUGUUUAGAAAUGGAGCUGAUGUAUGCCUAUUGUUGACGACUUUUAUCGAGAUAGCACCACAGCGUCUUAGGACCUUUUCAUGAUACAACUCUACUUUUAUAUUUAGAACCUGACAUUGCUGUUUAUUUAUGAUAAUUUGUGUGGAAGCAA